ACGGAGAAGUAGAGGGGGAAUUUAAAGGAGAGAUCAAAAUGGCUACGUCUUUUGUUGCUUCCUCCCUGCAUAUUUUUUAAUUGCCCAGGCACAGUUUCUUGUCUUUUUAGUUAUCCGUGAAACCCUAAAUUUCCUCGCCAAAAUGUCAAUUCAGAAGUCAUCUGUUUUAUGAGUGGCAUGAUUCACCUAUUUGGUUGUUUGCAUAGUAAUAUGAGCACAACAAGAUGAAAUGGCGAUGUAUGUGGUUGCCAAGUACGACUACUCUGCUCAGGGUGCCCAAGAGCUGCCCCUUCGCAAGAAUGAACGGUAUUUGCUGCUAGACGACUCAAAGCACUGGUGGCGAGUCCAAAACACCAGAGGCUUGUCUGGAUACGUGCCGUCAAAUUAUGUCAAAAGGGACAAACCGUCGCUCUUCGAUAGCAUCAAGAAGAAGGUGAAAAAGUCGGGAACCACAGCGGCCCGAACUCUUCCCAACUCACCAGUGGUGGGUCGGCGCUCGACCCAGCAGAUAACCCAGCCCGUGGACCCUGGAGAAGCCCUCGGUUGGGCCUUAGUGCGCUACAACUACCAGGCGCAGCAAGCAGAUGAACUCCCCUUGACCAAGGGCUCCAGGGUGUUGGUGCUAGAGAAGAGCAACGAUGGAUGGUGGCGCGGACAAAAUGCUAACGGCCAACAGGGCUGGUUCCCUAGCAAUUACACUCAGCCCGAUGACUGCUCGUCGUCUCACUCAUUGGAAAGGCCAACUGGCGAUACAGACACGCUGCACACGUACGCCAUGGCCGAGAACGUGCUGGACAUCAUGGUGGCCCUCUACUCUUUUAGCUCGCAAAACGACCAGGAGCUGAGCUUUGAAAAGGGCGACAGACUGGAGAUCCUAGACCGACCAAGAUCUGACCCCGAGUGGUACAAAGCUCGCAGUGCUGCAGGACAGGUGGGGCUGGUUCCGAGAAACUACCUGCAGGAGCUGUCCGAGUACCUUGCGGAGCCGUACCGAGGCGGCCGUUCUUUGGAGCGACCCACAAACGGAAGCCUGCGAGCCGUCAGCCAGGCGUCUCUCGCACACGUCGACAGGCCCCAUUUAGUGGGCAAACCCUGGUACUAUGGGCCUAUCACUCGAGCACACUGUGACACCAUUCUAAACGAAGCCGGCCAAGACGGCGAUUUUCUCAUCCGAGACUCUGAAACGAAUCUGGGCGAUUACUCGGUGUCGCUGAAAGCUCCUGGACGAAACAAGCAUUUCCGGGUGCACGUUGAGGGAGCGCUGUACUGCAUAGGGCAACGCAAAUUCCACACGCUAGACCAGCUUGUGGAUCAUUACCAGCGAGCUCCUAUCUACACCAACAAGCAAGGCGAAAAGCUGUAUCUAGUGAGGCCUCUUCCAAGAGCGCCAAACGGAGGCCCGCCACCCAGCUAAUCCUAGUUUGCUAAGCUAAGUGACUCGUUUUUUUUCUACUCUCCUGUCUUCGGUAGCAAAAGGAAUGUGUUUUGAGCUGUGAAAGCGGCACCGUCGCAGUUCUGCACUGUCCCCUACCUCAAAACAGUUCGGACCAGCAUAGAAAACAUCAAUGCGAAAAAAUACCUUCAGAAUAUGGGUGGCCACGCUGAUUUGAUUUACGCUACUUGAUCAUUAACUAAUUGUGGAAACUUAGGGAUGGUAAAUUGGACAUUUUACUGUCAUUUCAAUUGGUUUCAAUAAAUUUUCUGGUCCAUGUCAGUUGAUAUUUUUAGCAUGAAUGUUGUUCCCGGUGGUCAACUGAAAGGGAUUGGCUAUGAGGGGCUUAAAAUUGAGUUUAUUGAUUAAAUUUUCAUAUCAGAUUGAUGAUUUAAUUUUUGUAAAUUAACACCAUCUCUUGAGGACACCAAUGUUUUCAUUGCAUUUCAUACUUGUGCAUUUCCCUUCCGGUCAUCUGAACAAUGAAACGAUAUUCGACUGCGAUAUUUGUCCUAUGAUUGGUUAAGCAAAGCAAUGCAUGUACAAAUCAAUUUUACAAAGUAAUCGUUAAUGCUGUCUAUAAUGUUAGUUUUUAUACUUAAAAAGUUUUACAUUAAGAAUUCCGCGUGCAUACAUAUUACAGAUUAAAAUGGUGCCACACGUUCUGAAGGUAUUUGCUCGGCAGCCGAGAAAAAAUAAUGUAAAGCGAUCGAAGGUGUAGUCAUUGUACGCGGCAGCAGUCAUUCACGAUUUGUCUCGUUCUAGUCUGAUUUUACUGUUUUGGUCGAAGCUGUUGUUUUGACUGCGCGCAAAUUUUCCAAGUGAUCCAGCUGCGUCGGCUAAUAAUGCGAUGCCAUGCGAAGUGUACGAGAGACAAAAAUAAUAUCAAUAGGGAAUGGAAACAGGUUGAGGUGAAAAUGGCAAGGCAUCAUUCCAUAGUGCGUCACUUUUAUUUGAAUUAAAAGGGCUGAAGGCGAUCAAAAUGCUCAAAGAGAAUUAAAAGUAAACAAAGAAUGGCUUAAGGACUGAAUGUGUUUUCCAAGCCCGACUUUUAUAUAACAGAUUAAAUUCGAAUCUUGUAAAUACCUUGGAUUUUGACACGAUUGAUUUUCACCGUAUAGCUGCUUGCCAUAUCGUACUCUCCAUAAUUAUUACAUUGUACUAGCUAGAUGCGAUCCAAUUCUCACAACUCGUCCCCUGGUUUUUAUGAUGAAACGAAACGAUCUUCCCGUUUUUGAAAAUUUUGAUGUUCGUUCGUCACUCGCACAGAGUCUCAAUCAAUAUAUUAUUAUCAUUUUGGGUGAUUUUAGGGGACAUGACAGAGGACAAAAUUUAAGAGCCCUGGAUUAAUGAAUAAAAUAUAAACACAGCUGCUGCCAUGUGAAACGAAACUGAGGAAAUGGUCCAAGUGUUGCAUCAACACGCACAGCCAAAAACUGCAGUUUCGCCAGCGGCAAAAAUUACAUGUUUCGUGCUAGGAGUUUUCUUUUUAAUUUUAACAUUUUACAUAUAUACGAUUGUUAACAAGUUACUUCCAAAGUGCAUCACGAAAAUUGUCAUUAUUUUAGCGCUUAAGUCUCGAUUUUGCAUGAUGUGUAUGAUUGAAAUUAACGUCAUAUAUGAUUGAUUAAUUUUUUGUGAUUUAUAUACAACAAGCAUUUCCCAUCACCACAAACUUUCGUGUUAGAUCAAAUGGAUUAAAUUGUGAGAGUAAAAGUGUUCUAUUGUAUGUAUUAAACCUUAAAUACGACAUCCUCAUUUCUUUUCAACUUGAAAACUGUGUACGAUUAUAUUAUUUAUUAUAGCUUUCAUGUAUAAAAAUACUCUUCUAUAAGGAA